AUGUAUGUAAAGCUCUUCAAGCUCAUCACAACCCAAGUUCGAACACUUAACUGGCAACAGUCAGAACAGAAGCUAACAUGGGUAAAGAUCACUCACUCAGAAUGGGCCUCGGAGGAUGCAUUUUCUGCCAGUGUCGGUGCUGGUGCUGCGCGACAGAAAACUGGCGGAUCUCAUGCGUCUUUUAAACGCCUACCCUUCAACUUUUGCUCUCUAUCACUCCAGCCAUUUUCCCACCCUGUAUGCACAUCCGAUGGCAUUAUAUUCGAUCUGACACACAUCCUACCAUGGAUCAAGAAGAACGGCAUCAACCCGGUGAACGGUGCUCCGAUGAAGAACUCGGAUCUCAUCAAGCUACACUUCGCAAAGAACGAGUCGGGCGAAUAUGUUGAUCCUGUCACAUAUAAAGUAUUCACGGACAACACACAUAUAGUCGCGCUAGGAAAUACGGGGAAUGUAUUUGCCUGGGAUACCGUGCAAAAGCUCAACAUCAAACCUAAAAUGUGGCGAGAUCUAGUGAAUGACGAAGAAUUCGGCAGGAAAGAUAUAAUCACAUUACAAGAUCCACAUAAUGUGAACGCCCGAGAUCUCAACACCUUUAAGUACCUGAAUGACGGAGAAAAUAAUACUACAAGUGGAAAUGAUGGCCAGGGCAUCAACCUUAACGCCAUGGGCAGUUCGGCAAAGAUUCUACGAGCGAAGGAGGCUGUAGCUAAGGCGAGGGCUGAAAGAGAACAAAAGGCAACAUCAGCGGAUGCGCUGAGCCAGAGGCAAAAAGAAAAUUUGUCGGUCAAGAAGAGUUUGACUACCAGCCAAAGUGGAAAAGCUGUACCAUUUAAUGCAGCAAGACACACUACUGGUUUAGCUGCUGCCUCUUUCACCAGCACAGGUCUAACACCGCAUACCGCUGCGGAUUUGUCAAUAAUGACAGAUGAAGAAUACAUGCUGAAAUGUGGCCGAGUAAAAAUCAAGGGCUAUGCACGGAUAGUUACCAAUCUGGGUGAUCUUAACAUUGAACUGCACACAGAACAUGCACCGAAAGCCGUGUGGAAUUUCAUUCAGUUAGCUAAGAAGGGCUACUAUAAGGGUGUUACCUUUCACCGGAACAUUAAAGGCUUCAUGAUUCAAGGUGGUGAUCCAACUGGAACUGGCAAAGGUGGGGAGAGUAUUUGGGGCAAAAGUUUCGCAGAUGAGGUUAUCGGGCCUUUUAAGCAUGAUUCUAGAGGAACACUCAGUAUGGCGAAUAAAGGAAAGGAUACCAACAGCAGUCAAUUUUUCUUCGCUUAUCGUGCCGUCCCUCAUCUGAACGGGAAGCACACUAUCUUCGGCCAUCUAAUUGAUGACCCUUCGCCAUCCUCGCCAACACUAGAUGCAAUGGAAGUAGCACCAGUGGACUCCAGCACAAACAGGCCUACUCCUGCUAUUACCAUGCUUGAUGUAGUGGUAUUUGUGGACCCAUUUGAAGAAUUUCUCAAUAAGAAACGAAAAGAGGAAAAUGCUCAGCAAUCAGUAUCCGGGGCAAGCAGUGAUACCAAGGAUAAGGGAGAUGAUGACCAAGUUACAUGGACCGGCAAGAGACUACGUGGAUAUGGCUCAAACGAGAGCGGCAGCGCUUCAGGCAAUGUAUCUGGAGUUGGUAAAUAUUUGAAGGCCUCAGCUGCGGCCUCCAGUGGAAAUGAGGAUGAGAUCGUCGGAUUUGUUGAUGAAGAUGAACUCGAGUCAGAACAUGCGCGUAAGAAGAUCAAGAAUGCAGGACGCGGAGGCUUCGGAAAUUUCGAUUCUUGGUGA